AUGCAGGAUAUUGAGGGCGCAGAUCUGCCUUCAUCCCAGGGCGCAACGGGGAUGGAUCUCGAGAAAGACACAAACUCUCCGCCAUCUGUGCCAGUUACCCCAGCGCGCAAUCCGGCAGACGAUAUCGUCGAUUUCGAUGGCCCAGACGACCCUCACAACCCGCAGAACUGGUCCAAAAAGAAGAAAUGGCGCGUCACUGCCGCCAUGGGAGGCAUGACGUUCGUCGUCACCUUCGCUAGCUCGAUCUAUAGUGUUGCAAUAGUGCCUGUUGCGCAUAAGUACCAUAUUGGAGAAGUCACCUCGAUCCUCGGUGUGUCGCUUUUCUUACUCGGCUUUGUCUUUGGACCCAUCAUAUUCGGACCAGCAUCCGAAGUCUUCGGUCGACGAGUUCCCCUGAUCGCCGGGUUCUUCGCAUUUGCAGUCUUCCAAAUCCCCGUCGCCGUGGCCCAGAAUGUCGAGACCAUCAUGCUCGGCCGGUUUUUCGGCGGAUUUGCUGCUUCGUCUCCCUUGGCGGUGGUUGGAGGCGCCCUCGCCGAUAUCUGGGGUCCCAUCGAUAGGGCGUAUGCUGUGUGCAUAUUUGCGGCGGCGGCGUUCGUAGGACCCGUGGCAGGCCCAAUCAUUGGUGGAUUCAUCACUCAGUCCUACUUGGGCUGGCGCUGGACUGCUUGGAUCACUCUGAUCAUCGCAGCACUGUUUGGACUCAUUGGCCUCAUAUGUGUUCCCGAGACAUCUGCCGCGCGGAUUUUGCAAGCGAAAGCGAAACGGCUGCGAUACGAGACCAAAAACUGGGCACUCCAUGCCAAAGCGGACGAGCGCCGCGUCGAUGCAUGGACUCUGUUGUCUGUGUACCUCAUCCGGCCUUUUGUCAUGUUUGUCCAGGAACCUAUUUUGGCCUUGGUCACGGCGUAUAUGAGUUUCAUCUAUGGGAUUUUGUAUCUUUUCUUUGAAGCUUUUCCAAUCUCCUUCCAAGAAGAACGGCACUGGAACCAAGGCGUGGGCGCUUUGCCGUUCGCUGCGUUCAUCGUCGGGAUCGCCAUGGGAACUGGUGUUAUUGCCUAUUCUACACGAACGAAUUUCACCCGCGCAUUUCACAAGCACGGCAAGGUCGUGCCAGAGGAACGACUGCCGCCCAUGAUUGUCGGAGCGGCUGCAUUGCCAAUUGGGUUGUUUUGGUUUGCUUGGACAUCAAAUCCACACAUCACAUGGGUCCCACAAGUCCUGUCCACGGCGCUCCUGGGAGCAGGAUGUCUGGUGACGUUCUGGCAAGGCAUGAACUAUAUCAUCGACUGUUAUGGGUUUUACUCCAACAGUGCCAUUGCCAUCAACACGUUUGUGCGCUCGUUAUUUGGGGCCGGGUUUCCACUGUUCGCGCCCGCCAUGUAUCACAAUCUAGGGGUUCCGUGGGCUACAUCCUUGUUGGGGUUUUUGUGUCUCGCUUUUUUGCCGGUGCCGGUGCUGUUUUAUAGGUAUGGUGCGCAGAUAAGGUUGAGGUCGAGGUUUAGACCUGUUAUGUAA